AUGAACGCUCUCCGCUCUCUGCGACCCGCCGCCCGCGUCGCCUUCCAGCCGUCGACGCUGCCUCGCAUCGCCCGCUGCUACAGCUCCAAGACCUACGAGUUCAUUCAGACUUCGACUCCCAAGCCUGGUGUCGGCCAAGUUACUCUGAACCGCCCCAAGGCCCUCAAUGCCCUGUGCACUCCCCUUAUCGACGAGCUUAACGUAGCUCUCAACGAAUUCAAUGCCUCGGACGAAACCAAAGUCAUUGUCCUGACCGGCUCCGAAAAGGCCUUCGCUGCCGGCGCCGACAUCAAGGAGAUGGCUCCCCUCACCUUUUCCGAAGCCUACACCAAGUCCUUUAUCGAGUCCUGGUCUCUGCUGACCACCCAGAUCAAAAAGCCCAUCAUUGCUGCCAUCUCUGGCCACGCCCUUGGUGGUGGCUGCGAGCUUGCCAUGAUGUGCGAUCUUAUCUACUGCACCGAAAAGGCCAACUUUGGCCAGCCCGAGAUCAAGCUCGGCACGAUUCCCGGUGGUGGCGGAAGCCAGCGCCUCACUCGCGCCAUUGGCAAGGCCAAGGCCAUGGAGCUGAUCCUCUCUGGACGCUCCUUCUCAGGCGUUGAGGCCGAGCGAUGGGGUGUUGCUGCCCGCACGUUCCCUACCUACGAGGCUCUGAUGGAGGAAACACUCAAGCUCGCCGAGACUAUUGCUGGCUACUCCAAGGUCGCCGUCCAGGCUUGCAAGGAAGUCGUCAACAAAAGUCAGGAUCUUCCUCUCCGUGAUGGUGUUGAGUUUGAGCGCCGAGUCUUCCACAGCCUGUUUGGCAGCCAAGAUCAGAAGAUCGGCAUGAAGGCCUUUGCUGAGAAGAAGAAGGCCGAGUGGUCGCACUCUUGA